AUGGCGGGCGGUCUCGUCAAGUACAGGCACCUGAGCCGCAACUCGUCGGCGCGACAGGCCCUCCUCCGCGGCCUCGUCACCUCCCUCGUUGCCCACGAGCACAUCCACACCACCUACGCCAAGGCGAAGGAGGCCCAGCGCCUCGCCGACAAGCUCAUCACCUACGCGAAGCGGGACAACGAGGAGACGAGGCGGAAAGCCCAGGCCAUUCUCUACACCCCCCAUGAUCUCCUCCCCAAGCUCUUUGGCGAGCUCCGCGAGCGCUACUCCGAGCGCCCCGGCGGCUACACGCGCGUGCUGCGCACCGAGCCGCGGAGCACCUACGACCAGGCGCCCUCGGCGAUCCUCGAGCUCGUUGACGGACCCCGCGACGCCCGCUUCAUGAUGACGGCCAAGGCCGUCGCCUUCGACAAGGACUCGGGCAAGAGGCACACGGAGCUGACCAAGAAGAACGUCUCCAAGGUCACGAGGUACCGCAAGGACGGCAAGACGGCCUUCGAUGACAUGGUCGCCAGCUUCCGGCUGCUCAGCGCCAGGAGCAACGGCGGCAAGGGCAAGAAGGGCGACACGGAGGAGACUGAGGCGUGA